UCGAACCGACAAUUACCCUCUUUCUCUGAUCACAACCUCUCUCUUUCUCACACGCACACUCUCAAACACUUCAACUUCGUCUUCUUCUUCUUCUUCAUCAUCUUCUUCUUCUUCUUCCAUUCUCAUCUUCAUUUCCAUUCCCAAACACAAACCAUGGACGCAGAGGAUCUAGCCGACGACCUUCACAGUCUCAGCUUCGCUUCCACCAACACCACCAAACGCAGCACAAGUUUCAGCUCCGAAACAACCACCGUCACGCCCUCCACCUCCUCCCACUUCCUCCACGCGCCACUCCCUAACGCCAAGCCGCACGCGCCAUCCUCCGACCCCUGCGCCUCUUUCAUCCACCGUACGAGGCCUCUCGCCCUCUCGCACCUCCGCUUCACGCGCCGCCUCGGCUCCGGCGACAUGAGCGCCGUCUAUUUGGCGGAGCCCAAAGAAGAAGGUGGCGGUGCCGUGUUCGCGGCGAAGGUGAUGGAGAAGGAGGACUUGGCGAGGAGGAACAAGGAAGGCAGAGCGAGGACAGAGAGGGAAAUUCUGGAAAUGUUGGAUCACCCUUUCUUGCCCACGCUGUACGCGUCCAUCCACGCGCCCAAAUGGCUCUGCUUCUUAACGCCCUUCUGCCCCGGCGGUGAUUUGCACGUCCUCCGCCAGCGCUUCCCCAACAAACGCUUCCUCGAAUCCGCCGUCAGGUUCUACGCUUCGGAAGUGUUGUUGGCGCUUGAAUAUCUCCACAUGUUAGGGAUAAUCUACCGCGACCUCAAGCCCGAAAACGUGUUGAUAAGAUCAGACGGCCACAUCAUGCUCACCGACUUCGAUCUCUCACUAAAAUGCGACGAUUCCACAUCAACGGCUCAGAUCAUCUCCGACCAAAACCCCCUUCCCACGCGCAACGACUGCCACGUGGAAGGCGCACGCGUGGCGGCGUCGUCGUCGUGCAUAAUCCCGAACUGCAUAGUCCCGACGGCGUCGUGUUUCCAGCCAAAACGCAAGCGAAAGAAGAAGCAGAAGCUGCGUAGUGGGCCUGCGUUCGUGGCGGAGCCCAUGAACGUUCGGUCGAUGUCGUUCGUGGGGACCCACGAGUACUUGGCGCCGGAGAUCGUGUCCGGCGAGGGCCACGGCAGUGCGGUGGACUGGUGGACUUUGGGGAUAUUUAUGUUCGAACUGUUUUACGGCGUGACACCGUUCAAGGGCAUGGACCACGAGCUGACCCUGGCGAACAUUGUGGCUCGAGCCCUUGAGUUCCCGAAGGAACCGGCGUGUUCUGGCGCCAUGAAGGACCUUAUAUCAAAGUUGCUGGUUAAGGACCCCGCCAAGCGGCUAGGGUCCCUCAUGGGUGCUUCUGCGAUCAAGCAACACUCUUUUUUUGACGGCGUUAAUUGGGCGUUGCUGAGGUGUACCACUCCACCCUUUCUUCCUCCACCUAAUGCUAAAGCUGUAUAUGAUGAUGAUCAUCACACUUCCCCUGACAUUUUCGUUGAUUCUUAUUAAUGGAAACACACCCUUUCACCCAA